AUGAUUGAUGAUGCGCUGGGACUUAACACUGACCCGUCCAGAAAUGCCAUGAGUGCAAUCCAUGUGGACAUCCCGAAGGAGGGUGACAAUGGCGAGGUUGUCUUCCUCCUAUCUUGGGGUGGCGGAUCUCUGCAGGACACGCAAGACGUCGUAGACAUGUACCGGCGCAUCUUCCCUGGCUGCACCAUCUUCGUGUCCACGAGCAACCGCAAGCAGAGUUUCGGGCUGCGGUGUCAAUGCGCAGCUGGAAUAAGAGCAGCAGCGGAAGCCUGGUCCCGAAGCUCCGGCUCUCCAAAGCUUCUGGUACACUUAUUCAGCAAUUCGGGCAUGCAUGCGUGGACCGAGAUGUUGCUGGCGUGGAACGCAAUUUGUAACGCUGACGACCUGGAGGCCAUGGGAGUACUCAGCUCUUUGCCACCGAUUGAGGAUGUUCUCCGAGGUAUUGUGCUGGACUCUGCCUGCGACAGUUCUGUUCCACUUGAUGCCUGUAUUCAAAGCUUUGUCCAGUCCAUUGCUGGGACUGUGGCAAUUGCAGCUUCAUUGGAUCACGACGGCUCAGAAGCAAGCAAGCAGGCUGCUGAAGUGGCAGGUAAAAGAGCUGUGGCCACUUUGAUUGGCGCAAGCUCUGUUGCGAAGUCCCACUUGUACGCAAAGCCGCCAAAGAUGCUGACCAAGCUUGCCGAUGCUGAUGCGGCCAUUGUACAUCGAAUGGAGCCCCCGGUGCCCAUGCAGUUCAUCUACUCCAAGGACGAUAACAUCAUCUUGGCGCAGGGUGUAGAGAGAUACCUACAGGAAGUGAAGGACAGACCGAACCGCCAGGGGCUUUCUCAACCACGAGUGUGGUGCAUUGAGAAAUCGAGGCACUGCUUUCACAAGCUGACUCAUCCGGACGAAUACAGGACUUGCAUCGAAUUGUUUGCUUCCAGCACAAUGGCAUGA